GAGUGUCCGUUGUUGUGGUCGUGACGUCACGCAGAGAAGGCCACUCAGUGUGUGUCUCAGUCCUUCUUUACAGCUUGGCGUGCCUGUGUUUGGCCCUCAGGCAGGACGAGGCAGGCAGCAGCAGGUCAUGAGAGGCUCGUGAGGACGCUGAGAUUGCUAGGAGCGGUGUGAUGAGCCAGCAUGGAGAAGUUUGCUGUUGACCUUGACAAGGUGUUGGACGAUUUUGAACUGGACGAAGAUGAAAGUGAAUCUGUAGGUAACUAUGAGAAACUGCAGCUACAGUUCUGCCCUGAGGGUGGACCAGCCCCGAGUCCUGCCCCACCUCCUGCCCCCAUUCCCACUCCUGCCCCUGCCCCUGCACUGCCUUCACAUGGGGCAGGGCUAGGAGCCUUUGGUGGGUGGAGUGAGCCCCUGCAGCCCCAGGUGGUUGCCCCUACAGGUGAUGGGGUGAGAGGGUGGUGUGGCAUGGGUCAGCAGCCCCUCCAACAGCCGCCCCGUGCCCGUAGCCCCCCUGAUGGGCAGAAUGACGACACCCAGGGUCCUGCCACCUGCUCUCAGCAUCCCCCACCCAUAGCAAAGGAGGAUGUGGUGGAUGCCAGUGCACACUCAUCCAAUCCCCCUGGCCCUUCUGCCCUGUGGCCUGCCCUUGCCAGCCAACCCAACCUCAGAGGGGGCUAUGUACCUCCUGGAGAUGCCAGACUUGUUUCCCCUCCAGAGCCUCCCCUAGCAGCCCUAGGGGAGGCUGGAGGGUGUGGGGGCCUGGACGUUGUGCCCGCUAGUGUGCCUCCUGACAGGGGCCUGGCGGGUGGACACGAGGGAAGACAUCCAGAUAUCAUAGAUGUGUGGCAGAGCAGUGGAGAUGGGCCACCCCCUGCUGUCCAGCCCUCUCCCAGUCCCCCUGGCCCUCCUCCUUCCAGUGUGGUGGCUGAGGGGGACAGGGUAGGUCAAGAGGUGCCCCAUCUGCCUGAUCUCAUGGGGGGCAGCAGCCUGGAGCCAGCCAUUGUGGUGGAGAACACCCUCGCCCAGCCACACCCACACUCCUGCCCUCAAGAUCCGGCCAUUGUGGUGGAGAGCCGGCCUGCCCACCACCUGCCAGAGGUGGCCAAUGUGCACCAGACAGCAGAGAGCCAUGGCCUUGCCCCACCUGCACCAGAGGCCAGUCAGAGCAUGGCGCAGGAUGAGACAGGCUCAGGCGUGUCAGCCCCUCCACUCCAGGAACACCAACCCUCCAGCUGUGAUACCCCCUCCAACCCAGACCCAUUGGCCCCCACACAACAGGCCUCUGCCACACCACCACCACAUGAAGCCUCAGGACACUCUGCCACACCCCCACAGUCCCCUGCACUGUCCUUGCAAGCCUCUGCAUCUCACCUCACACCGCCGGCCUCCCCUACGCUACCUGCCCAGCCACUCAGCUUCAGCAAGAACAUGGACAUUGGUGAUGCUGACCUUGAUGCUGAGCUGGCAGAGCUGGAGGAGGAGCAGGUCAGACUACAGGGUGCAUAUGGUGGUGUGGGUGGCCCCUCCCCACCACACGGCCUCCUCCAGCACCACCCGAGCCCUAAGGCCAGCCCUGACCUCAUAGGAGGUGCUGGCACAUCCCAUGAACACCGAGAGGAGGAGAUGAGGAAUGGAGAGACAGUCCCUAUGGCCGGCAGCCCCUCAGAUGUUGCCAAGAGCCCUCCAGAUAGCCCCUGCAACCCUGCAGACAGCCUCCAUAGCCCUCCAGAUAGCUCCUCAGAUAGCCCCUCCAGCCCUCCAGACCCAAGUCGCAGCCCCACAGACACCUCAGCUGUACCAGACUUGCCUGGAUCCCAUGGCCAGGAUUCCCCAUUCCUGCAGCACCCAGGCAUUGCAGGGCUUGAGGAGGUGGUUUGCCAGCCCCACCACACCCCUGGGGAGGACACAGUUGGGGAGAGAGGUGCAGGGAGUGCGGUGGAUGGUACAGGUGACAAUGUCUCAACGGGCAGCCUCAACACAGACACCCUUUCCUCCAGUAGCACCCUCACAGACCCUGGCUCCCCUGAAAGGCAGCCCCAGCAACCCCCACCGCAUCACCCACCACCACAGUCACCCACUAGAGUUACACCAGGAACACUCGUCACGGCAGUGUACGACGACGACAGUGGGUCAGGACGAGAGGAUGACCCCUCUGCCCAGCUGCCGGAAACCCCACCUCCACCCCCUCCACCGGGCAGCAGGUCAGCAGCCAGCCUGGUGGGUCACGUGGCGCCCUUCUGGAUCCCAGACGAGGAUGCACCCAACUGCCAGGAGUGUGGCCAGAAGUUCACGGUGAUCCGGCGGCGCCAUCACUGCCGGGCGUGUGGCCGUGUGCUGUGUGCGCCGUGCUGCCACUACCGUACCGCCCUGCCGUAUAUGGACCACAAGGAGGCCAGGGUCUGCAACUCCUGCUUAAGGAUCUUGCAGUCUGGUCAGGAUGAAGGUGGUGAGGGCAAUGAGGGGAGGUGGGGCAGCAGGGGAGAGGGCUCCACUGGUCCUCGCCGAGUGCCUGAUCCCAACAACCCCAUGGACUACUGCUCACGGGUGCCACCUCCCCAGCAGGCCGCUGCUGCCCCCCCUGUGCCCCCACCCACUGUCAUGGUGCCUGUUGGGGUAUUGAAACGUGAGGGCAGCAGCAGCAGCAGUAGUGGUGGUGGCAGCGGCAGCGGUGGGGGUAACACACGCACCAGAGGCAGCAAGCAGGUCAUGUUCAGCGAUGGGAUCAGACCCGGGGGUGACCUGAGUGAGCCCGCCCUCUCCCCCCCUGCCCCCUACUGUAGGACAGGGCGGUCAGCCAGGAGGGUGGAGCGACCCGCCUGUGAGUACGUGUUUGAGGACAACCCAGACAGCAGUAAGUUAGAAGAGCAGAUGAGAGGUGAUGGUCCGCCUGUCAUCUUUGCCAUCCACAAGAACCUGACUGUCCUGGUGAAGCUGGUCAAAUUGGAGUGCUGCGUCGGGGUGGAGGUGUGGAACCUUGCCACGCGGGGCCUGUGCACAGUGGGCCAGGAGGAGCUGGUGGUGCUACUGGAAGUGGCACCAGGGGAGACACACCCACCGAGGGACCUGUUUGCCUUCUUCCAUACUGUCUAUCAACAAGCCAAUCAGGGUAACUUAGUGACAGAAUUGGGCCACACCAUCUUCACGGAGUCUGAGGGGUUGCUGGGGUCACGGGAGCACGGUGGCUUCCUAUACGUGCGGCCCACCUUCCAGUGCCUCCGUAACCUGGUGCUGCCACCCUCGCCCUACAUAUUUGCCGUGCUCAUCCAGAAGUGGGAGACGCCCUGGGCAAAGGUGUUUCCCCUCCGACUCAUGCUGCGUAUGGGGGCAGAGUUCCGCUACUACCCGUGUCCCCUGGUAUCCACUCGGAACCGCAAGCCAGUCUUCUGUGAGAUUGGCCACACCAUCAUGAACCUGCUGGUGGAUUUCCGCAACUAUGCCUACACCGUCCCAGCCAUUGAAGGCUUUGUUAUCCACAUGGAGGAUAAGAAGACCAGUCUCCUCUUUCCCAAGAACAGAUAUGAACAGGUGACCAAGGCCCUGAGCAACAGCAAUGACCAUGUGCUGGCCCUGGGGGCCAACUUCAGCCCUCAGGCUGACUCCCACCUGGUGACUAUUGAGAACGAUGAUGGCCACUAUUCCACCCAGGCCAUCAACAUCCACAGCCGCCCACGCAAGGUGACGGGAGCAAGCUUCAUUGUAUUCAAUGGGGCGCUAAAGACCACCUCUGGCCUGUCUGCCAAAUCCUCUAUUGUGGAAGAUGGCCUCAUGGUGCAGAUCCCUGCAGACAUGAUGGCCAAGCUGAGGGAUGCACUCCAGAACAUGAGAGACUUUGACAUCCCUUGCGGCCCCACCUCUGCCCCUCAGCCUGAUGAGAUGGUGGUCAUAAGGUGGACCAGCGAUGAUAAAAACUUCAAUGUGGGCAUCAAGAGCCCAGUGGAUGAGAAGCAGAUGGAUGGAGUUCCUUCUGUCAAGAUCCAUUCUGGCACAGACUACAUCAGCAAUUCUCACCUCAUUCGCUGGACUGAGGUGUUCAUUCUACAGGGGGAGACCAACAAUACUGCUGACAUCAAUCUGAGUCGUCUGUCUGAGUUACUGGCACGGUCGUUCUGUGUGGCCCUCACCCCACAUCUGUCUGAGCUGUACACCACCGGCCAUACCCGCCUGGGCCUGCGCACCACCCUGCACCAGGAUAAUGUUGGGUAUGAGGCCGGCAGUGGAGGAGCAAGGCUGGCGCCGGCUUGCAUGAAUGACCUGGACAAUGAGCUGGUGCCAGUAAUCCACCGUGCAGCCUCCAACAUCACCCAGCAGCCCAUCAUCCUGGAGCUGGUGUUCCACAUCAUGGAGCAGUGAGCAAAGCAAGAGUAUGCAGUGCACUGCAGACUGGUGGUGGACUUCUCAAUGAUCUGUUAUCAUUACUCAAACCCUCAUAGUUGUAAGUUGCCUCGUUAUCAUUAUGAUGGUCUCCUUCACCACACUUCUUUCAGAUUCAUAGCAUUCAAUUUGUCUGUUUUUAUAAUUCAUGCCUUUUUAAGAGUUCUUUGUCAGAACUUUAGAAGUAAGGCAGAUCAUCUUGCAGUACUCUUUUGUAACAAACUGUGUGUAUGCAGUUUAACUCUGCAGAAAGAAUACUUCUAUCACAGUGUGGAAUGUUCAUCAUUAAUAUCAAAAUGCUUUCCACUGUGUCAUAAAGUUUGACGACGUCAGAGUGAACAAUUUUAUUCCUUGUUAUGUAAGUGUUUUGUUGAAGUUCAAUUACCAGGUGGUGAUUUGCAAGUUUGUGUACUGUUUAACCAGCCUCAGACAUGCUUGUAUUUUUGCAUGAACCUGCCUGGCACUGAUGCUUGCCAUGCAGCAACAGUGUGACAACUGGUGGCUUGCAAGUAGAACAUCACAGUCAGUUCCAUUUUUCAGGCUUAUACCAUGAACAGUGUUGUGAGGGAGGAGGGGGGAGGGAUGGGAAAGAAGGGGGGGAGGGCAGGAGGGGAAAUGACCUAGUUAGAACUAAGGCACCAUGUAGUCAGUACUCUAAGGGGAUCUGGGGAAACAGUCAUGUAAAUCUUCAAGCCUUAAAAAGAAAUAAUAUAUAAGAGCUGAGGCCAGAGCUUUGUUCGACGUAUUUUUACUACCCCUGGGUGGCAUCAGCCUGGCCUCUGGGGACGUUGUAGCUUUGGGUUGUACGAAGGGAAGGGAUGGGAUGGGAGGGAGGAUGUGUGGUUGGGAUUGUAUUAUGAUUCCUUAAUGAAAAUCCCUUAUUAUUUAAUGUUAUAUACUAAUUACCAUAUUUACUGUAUAUAUGUUUUUUGAGGGAUUAUAUGUGUGCAUACUUAAAAAAGUUUAGAGAUUGUCAAAAUGCAUUCAAAGGCAAAAGUAAUGUAAAAGUUUCCAUCCCUUCCAAUACAAGAUAAAUUUUAUCAGCUAAAAUGACCUCAAUGUUUCUGUACCAAAAAAAAAAAUAUAUAUAUAUAUAUAUAUAUAUAUAUAUAUAUAUAUAUAUAUAUAUAUAUAUAUAUAUAUAUAUAUAUAUAUAUUCUUGCCUUGCAAGGUUAUCCAUUAAAAUUCAGUUAGAUAUGCCCCUGCAAUCUUUUUGCUUAUUUUUAAACACCUUAACACCUUACAGCCUGUCUUCUGAUGGAAACAUUUUAGAUUAGAUUAGAUGAUACUGUCUUUUAUUACACCAGUCUGAAAUUUUUCUGAUAUUUCAGUGUCUUUUUGAAAAUGACAGCAUAGAUAGCAUGGUUCAGAACUUUUUAGUUGCCUCCUUACGCAAAACUUUCUAAAAGUUAAUCAGCACCACACAAGAGCUGGCAUUGUAAAGAUCACAGUUCUUUUGUCCAGAGUUGGUGAACAUAAUGUUAUGAUUCACCAAAAUGAAUUCUCAAAAAAUGUCUUGGCUGUGAUUCAUUAAAACAUGCUUUAUGUUAUUGAAUAUUUCUUCGAGAUAGUAAAGAUCACAGGCUCAGGCCAUCAUCAUACCUUGCCUGCCGGAAUGUGUGUAUGAGAGAGAGAGAGAGAGAGAGAGAGAGAGAGAGAGAGAGAGAGAGAGAGAGAGAGAGAGAGACUGGUAGAUUAGAUCAAAAUAUAGUUAUGUAUAUUACAAUAUGUUAACAGACUCCAGCUCCUUGGUUACAUAUACCUGUGCUCAGCAUAAGUGACACUAUUGUUGAUUUGCACACCACCGAAGAUAACUUCGGUAUCUGGUGUUUGAUGGUUUCCUGUCCCCUGCCACACUCCCUGCCAGUUGAGUGCCCUGGACAGCAGUUCCUUGGUUGUACACUAGUGACCCUCAAGGUGAAGUGUAUCGGUUGUUAUGAGAGGACGCUGUAUUGUUGUUCUCGACUCCACAGUGAUUUGAUAUUUUGUCAUUGGUUCUAAAGAAUAUAUUUAUGUAUGUAAUUUAAUAGAGAAAUUUAAAUGUGUGUGUGUUUGUAAACAGAUUUGGGUGAAAAUUAGUGUCAAUAUUUUUUUAGUAAAUAUGAACUUGAUUAACUUUUCUUGAGGAUGGUUAUUAAAGUUAUUAAUUAAAAGCACUGAAAAAUAUGCUAAUCUAAUUAGUGUGUAAAUGUUUACAAAUCAUCUAAUCAAGUAUUCUAAUUUCUUGUAGAUAUUAUAUACAUAGAUUUGUGAUUAUAAAAAAAAUCUGUAUACAGUACAUGGUGUACA